AGCAAGUUAUCAACAGAGAGAUAGAGAUUAGAUUAGAUGGUAGUAAAUUCCCGCCAGAAACAUUUCCCGUAAAUUCCCGCCAAACCUUCUCAGAAUAACAUAACCUCUUCCUCUUCCUGUCACUUCACAUUCUCACUCUUGAGUUCUCUUCUGCAACAAUGGCUUCUUCCCGUCGCAAUAGCAAUGGCCGAUCACCGCUCGUCAACCAACAGCGUCAAAUCACUUCCUUCUUCACCAAAUCCCCUUCCCCUUCUCUCUCCAAAUCUAACUCAAAACUAAACCCUAAUCCCAUUUCAAACCCUAACCCUACCAGCCCUAGCACCACCACUCCUUCACCUUCCAUUCCCAAACCGCACAAGCCCCUUCUCCUCAUCGGCGCGUCUCCUUCACCCUCCCCUUCCCCUUCCCUCUUCCGUCAAGAGGUUGUUGGCAAAAGGGUCAAGGUUUAUUGGCCGUUAGACGAUGCCUGGUACGAAGGUGUUGUCAAAUCUUUUGACAGUCUCACCUCCAAGCACCUGGUUCACUACGACGACGGUGAAGAGGAAUCGGUUGAUCUUUCCAAGGAGAAGGUUGAGUGGCCUGAGGAAGGCGGCGGCUCCUCUUCGAAGAAGCUGAAACGGCUGCGCCGCGGCGGCUUCCUCGAUGUCAGGAAGAUGGUGAUUGAUGAUGGUAAAGUAGAAGAAAGCCUCAAAGAAGAAGAUGGCAAUGACGAUGGUGGUGAUGAUGAUUCCAAUGAUGAGGAUUGGGGGAAGAAUGCUGUGCUUGAGGAAGCAGUGGAUGGUGAGGAAGAAGAGGAUGUGGAGUUGGAGGAUGAAGGAGACGAUGUUGCAGAGAGGGCUAAAGUAAAGCCUAGUGGGAAGGCUGAGCCUAGAAAGCGAAAACAGAGUGCUCCAGAGAAAGUGGAGCCAGUUAAAAAGAGCAAGAGUGGAACUGAAGUUGGUAAGGGAGCUUUCAAGUUGUCAGUGUUGGAGCCUACGCAUAAUUUGGAUAUUAUAAAGACAUCUAAUGAUGCUGACAAUGUUGCAACGGGUGAUGCCUCUGAAAGAUUUGCACUCCGUGAAGCUCAGAAAUUCCGCUUUUUGAGAGAAGAUCGCAAGGAUGCCAAGCGAAGGCGUCCAGAAGAUGAAAAUUAUGAUUCAAGAACCCUGUACUUGCCUCCUGACUUCUUGAGGAGUUUAUCAGAUGGCCAGAAACAAUGGUGGGAGUUCAAGUCAAAGCAUAUGGACAAAGUUUUGUUUUUCAAGAUGGGAAAAUUCUAUGAGCUUUUUGAGAUGGAUGCACAUGUAGGAGCAAAAGAACUUGACUUGCAGUAUAUGAAGGGAGAACAGCCUCAUUGUGGAUUUCCUGAGAAGAAUUUCUCAAUGAAUGUGGAGAAACUUGCGCGGAAGGGUUAUCGUGUUCUUGUUGUAGAGCAGACUGAAACACCUGAACAGCUGGAGCUUCGUCGAAAGCAGAAGGGCUCUAAAGAUAAGGUUGUGAGGCGUGAAAUAUGUGCAGUGGUUACAAAAGGCACAUUAAUGGAUGGGGAGUUGCUGUCCGCUAACCCUGAAGCUGCCUAUUUAAUGGCACUGACAGAGCACCCUGAAAACCAUCCAAAUGAAAAUUCAGAGCGUACCUAUGGUGUCUGUAUAGUUGAUGUUACCACAAGCAGAGUCAUUCUAGGACAGUUUAAGGAUGACUCGGAGUGCAGUGCUUUGUGCUGUAUCUUGUCUGAGAUCAGGCCGGUUGAAAUUGUGAAACCUGCUAAACUGCUCAGUGCUGAAACGGAGAGAGUAUUGGUGAAGCAUACCAGAAAUCCUCUGGUGAAUGAAUUAAUUCCAAUUGUGGAGUUCUGGGAUGCUGAUAAAACUUUGGAUCAACUGAAGAGAAUUUACAGGCACACUAAUGAUGCUAGUGUUGAAGAUAGUGGAGUAGAUUGCCUGCCAGGUGUCUUACUAGAGCUGGUGAAAACUGGUGAUGACAGUAGAAGUGCACUUUCAGCACUUGGUGGUGCUCUCUAUUAUCUGAAACAGGCUUUCCUAGAUGAGAGGUUGCUUAGAUUUGCACAGUUUGAGUUGCUUCCAUACUCUGGUUUUUGCGGCCUUGCUUCAAAACCAUACAUGGUUCUUGAUGCCGCAGCCCUGGAGAAUCUUGAGAUUUUUGAGAAUAGCAGAAAUAGAGAUUCCUCAGGCACGCUCUAUGCCCAGUUAAAUCAAUGUAUUACUGCAUUUGGAAAGAGAUUGCUAAAGACGUGGCUUGCAAGGCCAUUAUGCCAUGUGGAGUCAAUUAAGGAACGCCAGGAAGCUGUUGCAGGUUUGAAGGGAGUUAAUCUACCUUCUGCGUUAGAAUUUCGAAAAGCAUUAUCAAAGCUACCUGACAUGGAGCGGUUGCUUGCAAGGAUCUUCUCUGCUAGUGAUGCUAUUGGAAGGAAUGCUAAUAAAGUGGUUCUGUAUGAGGAUGCAGCAAAGAAGCAACUACAAGAAUUUAUUUCAGCUCUACGUGGUUGUGAACUAAUGGCCCAAGCAUGCUCUUCACUCAGGGUUAUUUUGAAUGAUGUUAAAUCUAGACAUCUUAGUCAUGUAUUAACACCUGGUAAAGGUCUUCCUGAUGUUACUCUGGAUCUUAAUCAUUUCAAGGAUGCCUUUGAUUGGGUGGAAGCAAAUAAGUCUGGGCGUGUAGUACCUCAUGAAGGAGUUGACGUAGAGUUUGACUCAGCUUGUAAGGCAGUUAAAGAGAUUGAGUCCAGUUUAUUAAAGCAUCUCAAGGAACAAAGGAAAUUACUUGGAGACACAUCAAUCACUUAUGUCAAUGUUGGAAAGGAGACAUACCUAUUGGAAGUGCCAGAAAAUUUGUGUGGGAAUAUUCCUCAGUAUUAUGAGCUGCGUUCAUCCAAAAAAGGCUUCUUUAGGUACUGGACUCCAGAUAUUAAAACAUUUUUGAGAGAGCUCUCCCAAGCUGAAUCUGAAAAGGAGUCCUUAUUGAAGAGUACAUUACAGAGAUUGAUUGGGCGUUUUUGUGAACAUCAUACUCGGUGGAAGCAGUUGGUGUCUGCAACUGCAGAACUGGAUGUUUUGAUCAGUUUAGCUAUUGCAAGUGACUACAAUGAAGGUCCAACAUGUAGACCAAGUUUCGCAGGCACGUUGUGUACAAAAGAAGCUCCAUACCUCUAUGCCAAAAGCUUGGGACACCCAGUCCUUAGGAGUGAUUCCUUAGGAAAGGGUUCCUUUGUACCCAAUGACAUAACCAUUGGUGGUCCAAAUGAUGCUAGCUUUAUUCUUCUAACAGGUCCAAACAUGGGUGGGAAGUCAACUCUUCUUCGCCAAGUUUGCUUGGCUGUGGUUAUGGCCCAGGUAGGGGCUGAUGUCCCAGCAGAAAGUUUUGAUUUGUCACCUGUCGACCGCAUUUUUGUUCGAAUGGGUGCCAAAGAUAAUAUUAUGGCUGGUCAAAGUACAUUUUUAACUGAGCUUUCAGAAACUGCAACAAUGCUGUCAUCUGCCACUUCUAAUUCAUUGGUGGCUUUGGAUGAGCUUGGGCGUGGCACCUCGACUUCUGAUGGACAAGCCAUUGCGGAAUCAGUAUUAGACUAUCUUGUGCGGAAGGUUCGGUGCCGUGGAUUGUUUUCUACUCACUAUCACCGAUUAGCUAUAGAUUAUCUCCAAGAUCCUCAGGUCCGUCUCUGCCACAUGGCAUGCCAAGUUGGUGGUGGAAUUACUGGUUUGGACGAAGUCACCUUUCUUUACAAGCUGACCACUGGUGCUUGCCCCAAGAGCUAUGGUGUUAAUGUUGCUCGUUUAGCUGGACUUCCAACUUCUCUGCUUCAGAAGGCUGCUGCCAAGUCCAAAGAAUUUGAGGCCACUUAUGGUAAAUGCAGAAAGGCAUCUUCUGAAGCAUACUCUUCCAAUCAAAAUUGGGUUGACGAGAUAAUAGCUAUUAUACAAAAUUUGAACAAGGCUGCUACAAAUUUGAAUUGCCAAGAUAGCAUUUGCGAUAGUUCCCUAAGUGAGCUUCAGGGUGAAGCAAGGGAACUAUUGCAGAGAUGUUAAACUAUUUAAAGACAAAUUCUUAUCGAAAAGGAGGGAUGUUAGUCAUGAAAAUGGCAAUUCAUUCUUUUGAAGAGCAAAAAUACUUCCAACUUCUAAGGCCAUGAUAUCUAUCCAUAUAGAAUUUGGCCGAGUUUUGCUUUGUAUAUUGGCUGUCUAGCACAUCUGUAAUCUGUUUUUUUGGGGUGUGCUUCUUGUAAUGUAAAGUGGUGAUACGAGUUUUCAACUGACAAAAUGACUAUGACCCAUUGUACAUUUGUACAUGUUUAGUUGAUUAUGACAAAUAGGAGAACUUGGUUGUUCUUCUCUUUCUA